CAGAUAUGAAUCUCGUUAUGCAUUUGCGAAGGCAGUUUGCAAGCGAUGGGAAGCUACAGCAAAUACAACAACUGCUACAAAGACACUUUCACCUUGUGCGCACUGAACGGUUUAACCAGCUUUGUUGCUGGCUUUGCAGUCUUCCCUGUUCUUGGCUUCAUGUCACAUGAAUUGGGUGUUGACAUCUCAACAGUAGCUGAAUCAGGUCCUGGCCUGGCAUUCAUUGCUUACCCUCGGGCUGUAUCCAUGAUGCCUUUACCUCAACUCUGGGCUGUCUUCUUCUUCAUCAUGACUAUCCUCCUUGGACUGGACAGUGAGUUUGUGUGUCUGGAAGGCCUGGUGACAGCCAUAUCAGACAUGUUUCCAUCCCUCUUUCUCAUUGGUCAUCGACGUAAACUACUUCUGCUGAUCAUGUGUGGCGUUUCCUUUGUUAUUGGCCUGUUUAUGUUGACUGAGGGAGGACUUUAUGUAUGUCUGCUGUUUGAUUACUAUGCUUGCAGUGGAAUACCAUUCAUGAUUUUUGCCAUUUUGGAGUGCGUCUGUGUGGGAUGGAUAUAUGGUGCUGAUCGUUAUUAUGACAAUAUAAAGGAAAUGAUUGGCUACUACCCCUCAUCGCUUAUGAAAUAUUGUUGGAAGUUCAUCACACCAUGUCUCUGUGUUGGAACACUGAUAUUCUCUCUGGUCAAGUUCACCCCGCUGAAAUACAACAACACCUACGAGUACCCUUGGUGGGGCUUUGCCAUUGGGAUGGUUCUUGCUUUGUCUUCAGUUCUCCUGACUCCUCUGUGGAUUAUCUAUCGUAUGGCUGUAACCCCGGGAACACUGAGACAGAGACUGAAAACGUUAUGCACUCCAGCGUUCGAUCUGCAUCCAGAACCAGAACAUAGCAUAGACAUCGGAGAUUUGAUGCUCUCAUAUUAA